AUGGAACUGUUAUUAAAUGAUAAGCAAGUUGUAGGAAUUUGGAGGAUAAGAGGCAUCGGUAAAGCAACUAUUGCGCAAGAAGUAUUUCAUCAAAAUAGGAAUAAAUUUGAUGGUUAUUACUUUGUAGAAAAUGUUAGGGAAACAAUGACAAAGGAAUCAUCAAAUGAUGUGCGAGACAAAAUCAUUCGUCAAUUAUUAAGGAACAAAAGUUUACAAGAAGGAAAGUGUGAUUUAUAUGGUGAUGGAAGUAGAAUCAUUGUAACUCGUAGAGAUAGGCAAGUAAUUAAAUAUGUUGGUUCAAAGGAAGGCAUAUACGAGGUUGAGAGUUUAAUUGAUUCUCAAGAGAAUGAAAAGAAAAUAUUUCUUGAUAUUGCAUGUUUCUUCAAAGGGGAAAAUAAAGAUCGGGUUGAGAGAACAUUAGCAGCAUUUGGUUUCUAUCCAAAAAGUGGAAUACCUCAUCUAAUUAAGAAGUCUCUCAUAUCUAUUUCAUCAGUCAAUCAGAUUCGUAUGCAUGACUUGCUAGAGCAAAUGGGCAAGGAUAUUGUUAUUGAAGAAUGCGAACAGCCUGGAGGAGGCAGCAGGUUGUGGAGUUAUGAAGAUAUUAAUCAUGGAACCGAAAAAGUUGAAGGCAUAUUGCUUGGUAGGCUUUGGAGUUAUUAUUUGGAGCUACGUUACAUGGCCUUCAUAAAGAUGUGCAAUCUUAGAUUCCUCAAACUCGAAGUUUGGAAUAAGUCUUUAAGUGAGCAAGUGCUCCUUCUUAACGACUUUGAAUUUCUUCCACAAAAGCUAAGAUAUCUUUCUUGGCAGGGAUGCAAUAAAUUCUUUCUAUAUUACCAAGGGGAAUAUGUGGAUGAUGAUGAGGAUGAUGAUGAUGCUCUCUACUUUUGGUACUGA